AUGAAUACAUCUUAUAUUAUCGUAUUACUUUUAAUCAGUUUUAAUUGUCUGUUAUUGAUAAAUGGCCUUCCACAUUGUCGAGAAGGUUCCGUGUUUCCUGAUUGGAUGAUUGGAAAUUUUCAUGCACAAUUCGCUGAUGGUUCGUCGGCAAAUGGAAGUUUUGGUUUAUGGUAUGCAAAUGUGACUUUUUCAACUGGUGAGCAUGGUUUAUUAACAAUGACCUCACCAUUACGUAAAGGUGAUGGUUUUUAUAUAUUUCAUGAAUGUGUUCAGAUUCAUGGAAUGGAACCUCAACAUCGAUGCUCCCUUUUAGUUCGCAAUCCUAAUGGCGGUUAUAUGGAAUAUAUUCAUAAAGAUCCAAAACUUGUUCCCCAAUGUCCAAAAUCACUCCUCUCAUCGGGUCUUGAAAUUGAAAUUGUUACCAAGAUCAACUGA